CAGCGUGGUGGGAGAGAUAGUGAUAUCAGCUUGAAGUGGACAUUGGCCAUCAGCUCUCACAACAUGGCUGGUGCUCCGACCCCAGCUCUGACCACGGGCUGGGUACCACUGCUGGUCUUUCUCCUUCUGCCUUUCUGCCACGGGGACCUGGAACCGACAUUCCAGCACUGCUGUCAGUUGGGGUCCGUGGUAGCAGCUCAGGACAGGAAGUGUGAUGAGGCAACUUCAGGGACUCCAGUGCAAGGAAUCCCCGCCGAGCAGCAGAGCGUCUGCCUGUCUACUAUGCAGCUCUGCUGUGUAUUGUCUGUCAGAGACAUCCAAUGUAAGGAAGGCAAGCAGGCUGCAGAACGAGGUCUGAGCUGUCAGUCUACAAAAUUUGAGGACAGCAAAUACUGCUGUGAGGCGUGCAAGCUUGGCAUGAUCUCAGGAUCGAUGGCGAUGGGUUGUGAGUUCCAAGAGUUCUCUCUGGGUGAGACGUGGGAUGAAACUUAUCAGACGUGUUGUACAUCCAUCUCAUCCUCUGCACCCCCCGUCACUGCCCCCAUCUCCCCAAAUACCUCUUUCAUCACACCUGCCAGCAACAAGCCGCAGAAGACACCACAAUCAAAUGAGAACAUCUGCGACUUGCUGAAGGGAGAGUUGUGUGCGCACAUCUGCAUCCCCGUGGGGACGAGCUCUUACCGAUGUGACUGCGAGCCUGGCUUCUCGCUCAUGGCAGACGGCAAAUCCUGUCAACAAGACAAGGUUCAAAACAGAUGCGAAAUCAACAACCCAUGCCAACAGCGAUGCACUGACACCGGAAUCGCCAUAGAAUGUUCUUGUCUUGCGGGAUUUCAGUUAGCAGCUGACAAUAAAUCUUGUUCAGAUGUGGAUGAGUGUGCGCUUGGAUUACAUGACUGUGGGCAGGACCAGACAUGUCAGAACGAGGUCGGUACAUUCACCUGUCAGGACAUGCCUCGCUCGACACAGCCUCCCCAGAGACAAACUACUCAAUCAGACUAUGACAGAGAACCAGAUGAUGAACACGUGAAUAACAACACAAUAUCGACCAGAUAUCAAGAAGAUCAGUGCCCUUUCGGAUACAUCUUCAAUAUCAGGACACAACUUUGCCAAGACGUGGAUGAGUGUGAGGCAGACCUUCACGUGUGCAGCACAGGAGAGGUGUGUGUCAAUAUGCCUGGUGGUUACAGGUGUUCUCGUGCCCCGCCUACUACCACCUCACAACCCAUCAGGUGUCAAACAGGGUUUCAGUACAGUGAUGCCUACCAUAGAUGCAUCGACGUAGACGAGUGCACUGAGCCAGAGUCGCCUUGUGACAGCAACCAAGUCUGUGAGAACACUAUGGGUAGCUACUCGUGUCAGUGCAAAUCUGGCUUCCAGCUUGAUUCCAUCACUCAAGCCUGCAUUGAUAUCAACGAGUGCCAGGUGGACUUGCACAACUGCCUUCCUUCACAGAGGUGUGACAACACAAUCGGUUCAUUCCAGUGUGUGAGGUACACCAGCUGCGGUACAGGCUAUACUCUCAAUGCUCAGACUGGCUUAUGUGAGGACAAUGAUGAGUGCGCACUACAUAUGUGCGAUCACCUCGGUCCGGGGUACAAGUGCAGGAACACGCUGGGCUUCUUCCGCUGCGACAAGAUCAACACACCCAGCCCCUCGUCAACGACAGAAACCUCGUCAACUACUACUUGUGACAGCUGUUCACUAUCUACACCCACCAUCACCUUCAGGUGCCCACGAGGAUACUACGCUAAUGCUCAACGCCGCUGUAUAGACAUAGACGAGUGUGAGAAGGGUGGUGUUUGCAAGCCUAACCAGGUGUGCAUGAACAUUCCUGGCGGCUAUAUCUGUAGCAACAAAAUGAACUGUGAAGCUGGCUUCCGGCUCAAUCAAGACACAAACCGGUGCAUGGACAUUGACGAGUGCGUGGAGCAACCCGGAGUGUGCGAUCACAACUGUCACAACACGUGGGGCUCGUUCCGGUGCAGUUGUCGCUCUGGAUACACGCUGUUCCAGGACAACCGGACGUGUGUGGAUAUUAACGAGUGUGAGAUGUUCAAGGACCGUCGACUCUGCAUCGGCUACUGCGUCAAUCAGCCUGGCUCCUUCUCCUGCCAGUGUCCGCAAGGAUAUCGACUUGGCAUUGAUGGAGCAUCUUGCCAAGAUAUAGAUGAGUGCAGUAGCCAGAAUGUGUGUACGGGUCGCAACGAACUCUGCCUCAAUAUGCGAGGUGCAUAUCGCUGUGUUUCUACUGCUUGUCCUCUAGACUACGUCAAGAAAUCUACAGAUAUAGAUGAGUGCAGUAGCCAGAAUGUGUGUACGGGUCGCAACGAACUCUGCCUCAAUAUGCGAGGUGCAUAUCGCUGUGUUUCUACUGCUUGUCCUCAAGACUACAUCAAGGACUCUCAGCACGCCAAUCGGUGCAAGAGGAUAACGAUGUCCUGCAGAGAAGGCGACAUGGAAUGCCUACAGAAGCCUCUGACGUACACAUUCCACUUCAUCACGUUAGUGUCCAACCUGACGCGCUCCAAUGGCCCCCUGGACCUGUUCAUGAUGCGAGGCCCAGUGUGGUCUUCCACCAAUGUACAGUUUGACCUCAGGCUAGAUAAGGUUCACACCACACCCUCUGUGAAGGCUGCAAGUUUACAGAGCUUUCAGCUAGAGGAGGCAGACCACAACGUAGCAAACAUCCGGUUGCUGCAGCCCCUUAUCGGACCUCAGGACAUCUACUUGCAGCUCUUCAUGAAGUUCUUCUACAACGGUAUCUACGGUGGAACAACUAUAUCCAACAUAGCCAUAUUUGUCUCACAGUACGAGUUUUAGUAUUGUGUAGCAGGUCAUGGAAAACCUGCUAAUUUAUAGCUCAAUUUUGUCCUUCAUUGAAAAGAAGUUACCAAAAUGUAUGAUCACGAUUGUGUUUAUUAUAUGCACAAACACGUUCAGCACAAAUUGUUAUUUGAAAAAUACUCGUUUGACGUUACGCAGAAUACUCAUUUCAAUUUUUGUAUUUAGCUAUUUAUUUAAUUAAAGCUUCAUAUGUUGUAAUAUUACAACUUAGAAAUACAAAUUACAUUUAGUACAAAGAAAUCUGUGUGUUGUUUACAAAGUAGAAAUCAAUACCAAUCACGUAAUGUACUGUAACUUGUAGAAUUAAGUUGAUGUACUGUUUCACAUUUUUUCUUUUUUAAUAAAAAGUAGACCGAUA